ACCCGGCGCCGAUUGCCACUAGAGUGGUAUUUCUUUUCUGACGCUCGCGUGGCGGGGUCGAAUUAAUCCCAAAAUCCCAACGCCGACAGACAGGACAACCCAAGCCGGGGUGGCAACUGACAGCGUUUGCUCUCCUGAUCUCAUCCUCCCUCCAUGGUCGCUUCUGCCAACGGCGACGUCUACACUCCCUUUCCUCAGCCCAUCAUGUUGGAAGACAGUCAACACUCCUCAGAGGACGGCUCAGGCCUCCACUCCCCCAUCUUCGGCGCCCCCUUUCCACAGCCGCACGGGGACAGUAACCUCCGGUACCAUCCAGAUCACCUCAACAUCCAAAACGCUGCAGGCAUCCUCGCAUCCCAGUUUGACUACAAUGGCAUGAACCUUCCCCACCCAGCCCCCCACCUCCUCGAGACACCCAUCGAUCUCCACGGUGGUGCCCAUCACCACCACCCAUACCCCAACGAGUUUCCUCUCCCCCCGCGCAGCCAGCUCGAUGUCUCCAGCUCGCAUACCCUCCCAAAUACCCGUCUUCCGCCCCCGCCCUCCCAGGGUGGUCCCGUCAAUCUCAAUUAUCAGUCCCCAUCUCACAGGCGGUUCUCGGGCGACGGAAUUCGCGAGCAGUCCUCUUAUUCUUCCAACGGCAAUGCUGCUUCUAAUAUGCAUAUCAAAUCUGAAUACCCAGCCGGUCAGCCAACCAACUUGGCUGCCGACUCAAAUCAACGGUCACCUCCCGUCAAGCGGGAAGUUGCCUCUCAACAGCAACAGCAAUCUCAGCAAACUGCUGCGGCAACACAGGACCCUCCACCGCGUCGAGAGAUUUCAAAUCAGGUGAUUGCUUGUCGUCAAUGCCGCGCCAGAAAGAUUCGCUGUGAUUCGACGCGCCCCUCUUGUCACAACUGUCUUCGGCGAUCCAACGAGUGCCAGUACGAUGCUGCUCCAAGGCGUCGAGGGCCUGAUAAGCGGCCAGGCACUCGCCAGCGCUCGUGCAAGAAGCGUCCUGCAGACGGAUCGGCACCACCUCAGCCUUCCUCCAAGCGGAAACGUACAGCUUCUCGCCCGGGCGAAUCGGACAACUCUACUUCCGGGCAGGCAGGCAGCGCAAGUGAGCAGCCUGCGCCUUUGCGUACUUCUAGCCUCAGCGACGAUGGUCGGAUACGGUUGCAUCAAACAUCUUUGUCGCCUCAGGAUGGCGAAUUCUCUCCUUCGGCUCAGCCCCGUGGUCUGUCAGGGGAUGGAUAUUCAGUGCAUGAGCGAUCUUUCCAUGACAAACCGCGCUUAUCAUCCUCUCCCUCUGUGCAAUUCAACCGCAAGAUCUGGUGGGAUGACUUGGUCAAUAGCUAUUCGGCGACUAGAGAUCAAUCUUUGAAAGAUAUCGCCAAUGACCUUUCCUCGCUCUUCACGAACACAGGCUACUGGCUUUCCUUUGUGAACGUACCUGAUUUUGUUCGAAGCCUUUACAACCCGGAGGAUCGGUCUCUCAUGCAGCCUUCUCUCGUUCUUGCCGGUUUGGCCCUCGCUACGUUGAUGAAGUCCAGCGAGAUGGAGCUAGGAGCUGCUGGCAGGAACCGCGCGAUAUGGCUGAGGGAUGCUGCACAGGCCUCUUUGGAGUCCUCUUGGAAUACUGGGUGGAUUGACAUGACUUUGGCUAAAGCCGCACUUAUUCUGGCCGUUUUUGAGACGUCUGCACACCCUCAGUUCACCCCCGAGCGCGCUCGCUCGUCUUUAUUGCUUCUGGAUAAUAUUAUUCGUUCGCUGUCCUUGACAUACCUCGAUUCUCACGAGCCAGAUGUUUCGACUUUCAUGCCCAACACGGUUCCUAUUGCUCAUCGGAACAGUCACCACGCCCGUUCGCCACCUCGCAAAUGCGCUUGCAUUCCACUUCCGCCAAACUCUUCCCUCGCUACGGAUCACUUUUCUUCAGCCUGGAGCUACACCCCACCCUGGGAUCCUGCUUGGACACCAGAAGAGAUGCAUCGCGAGGCUGCCCGACGUCUUUGCUGGAGCGCUCUCAACGUCGUUGCAACUUAUACGCAGAACUGCGUGGCUUUCCGCAUUGAGCCGGCUGACUUGUUUUUAACUGAUCCGUCUAACUUCCGUCUUCUCUUCCCUGGCGAAGUAUCUGAGCGGGGUCCGGACCGCAGAAUGCAAUCGCCCAAAGAUUCGAUUUGGGCUCUGUACUGCCGCAGCAUGCUCCUCUGGAACUUUUGCAUUCGCCUUCGGUACAGAGGAUAUCCCAGCGCUCAGUCAGCCGAACUUGCAUUGGAGGCAUUCACAGAGACGCAGAACAUCCAAGACGCUCUAGACUCCCACACCUGCAAUCUUGAUGCUGCUUUGAUCUAUAUGUGCAGGGAAUACAUCUAUAAUACACAACUGCUUCUGACCCAAAUUCUGCGAAGUUCCCACGCCGUGGAUCCCCGCACAGUGCCUUCGCUGGGGACAGAGCAAAUCCAUGACUGGCUCCGCUAUCAGGAUGAUUUCAUCAAGCGCGUGAGGGUAUCUAUUCAUCGCCUCGGCGAUGCCGAUGGAGACCUCUUCACGAGGCGUCCAUUCCAAGUAAAAUGGUUUGCAAGUCAGAUUGCGAUUUGCAUAUCUCUUUGGGAAAACAAUCGUUCUCUCGGAGUCGCUCUGGAAACUGCCAAAGAUACAUUAGUACCGCUGGACGUUCUUAAUGCAUUAUGGCCUUGUCCCACCUUGCAGGCCAAAUGCGAUGAACUUCGUCAACGGUUGACUGACGCCUGCGUCUCGGUUAGUGUUGAGCCGCCAGCCCCACCAAAUCAUUCUCUUCCCCCGCACAUCCGGGGCGCGUAGGCUAUUGCUGCGAUACCUUUCUUCGUCAGAACGUGAAACCGAUACCCGAUACCCCACCACUUCGAUAACCAAAUUUCUUUGUUUGAAGAGUGGCAAGAACGAAGCCAUGACACAAACCCAGUUUUAUCUCUACUUUACGAAUGCCAUGUCAUUACUUAUCACUCAUUGUCGCAGCCAUAUGUAGCAUUGAUCCUAGUGUACGAUGUGGUUUUGCCCACGCCUCCCUCUCCUUCGUUCUUUUGCUCGCUAUCGUGGCUAUCCUCUGCUCUGACGCCUGGGAGGUUCACUGGGGCUUGUAUGUAAUCCUCAUACCAUCCCUUCACUGACAUCUUUAGUCGUUAACGCGACACCCUGUCGACGCCUAUCCUUCAUUCAUUUUCCCUUUUGACUGUUCACUUAUCGCUACUGUAUCAUUUACCGCGCCAUGCCCGAUCCUACUUGCGUCAAUUUAUG